AUGUUUGCGCGUCGUUGUGCCCGUCUCGCUACCUCCAGGACAGCUGUCCCAUUGACAUCUUUCUUAGCUCGGGCACGUCCCUACUCCACCGGACCUAGCUAUGAGCACAUCCUUACCUCAACCCCGAAGCCCGGCGUCGGCAUGAUUACCCUCAAUCGACCAAAGGCCCUAAAUGCGCUCUGCAGCCCGCUUAUGACAGAGUUGAAUGAUGCAUUGAGCAAGUACGACGCCGACAAGGAUGUUGGCGCUAUUAUCAUUACUGGCAGCGAGAAGGCUUUCGCAGCUGGAGCCGACAUCAAAGAAAUGGCCCCCCUCACCUUCGCAGAGGCCUACAAUACCAACUUCAUCGCACCCUGGUCCCACCUAGCAACCAACAUCCGCAAACCCGUCAUCGCCGCAGUAUCAGGCUACGCGCUCGGCGGCGGCUGCGAACUCGCACUCAUGUGCGACAUAAUCUACUGCAGCAGCACCGCCACAUUUGGACAGCCGGAAAUCAAGCUUGGGAUUAUUCCUGGCGCGGGUGGAUCGCAGCGUCUGACUGCGGCGGUUGGAAAAAGUAAGGCCAUGGAGCUGAUUCUUACGGGAAAGAACUUCAGUGGGAAGGAGGCCGGUGCGUGGGGUGUUGCAGCGGAGGUUGUGGAGGGUGGACAUCAGGAGUUGCUUGAUGUUGCGCUGAAGACUGCUGAGAAGAUUGCGGGCAAUAGUCGGGUUGCUACUCUUGCGGCGAAGGAGGUUGUUAAUAAGAGUCAGGAACUUUCUUUGAAAGAGGGUGUUGAGUAUGAAAGGAGAUUGUUCCAUGGGUUAUUUGGGAGCAAGGAUCAGAAGAUUGGAAUGACCGCUUUCGCUGAGAAGAAGAAGCCUGACUGGUCGCAUGAAUAA